GCUCAGGUCUCAUUUGGCACCGGCGCGCCAUCAGAACCAGUCAUCUCUCACACCAUGCUGCUGCUCACCCUCGCUGCGGUUCUCGCCGUGGCCGUGGCCAACCCGGUCUCGACCGGCGGCAAAGUCGUCUGCUACUACGACAGCAAGAGCUAUGUCAGGGAUUUCGAGGGAUGUAUUUAUCCAGCUCAAGCCCGCAUGCUGCCCCUGGAUCUGGACCCCGCGCUGUCAUUCUGCACCCACCUGGUCUACGGGUACGCCGGAAUUCAACCUGACACCUACAAGAUGGUGCCCCUGAAUGAGAACCUCGACGUGGACCGCUCACACGCCAACUACAGAGCGAUCACCAACUUCAAGAGCAAGUUCCCAGCCCUGAAGGUGUUGCUGUCCAUCGGAGGCGAUGCUGACACCGAAGAUGCUGCCAAGUACAAUACUUUGUUGGAGUCCCCGCAAGCGCGUACGGCGUUCGUGAACUCGGGAGUAUUGCUGGCUGAACAGCACGGCUUCGACGGCAUCGACCUCGCUUGGCAGUUCCCUAGGAUCAAGCCCAAGAAGAUUCGUUCCACCUGGGGCUCCGUCUGGCACGGUAUCAAGAAGACUUUCGGUACGACGCCCGUUGACGACAAGGAACCAGAGCACCGCGAGGGCUUCACCGCGCUCGUCCGCGAGCUGAAGCAGGCCCUGGCCGUCAAGCCCAACAUGCAGCUUGCUAUCACCGUCUUGCCCAACGUUAACUCCUCUAUCUACUAUGACGUACCUGCUAUCAUCAAUCUGGUUGACAUCGUAAACCUGCAGGCGUUUGACUACGAGACCCCUGAUCGCAACCCCAAGGAGGCUGACUAUUCCGCCCCCAUCUACGCCCCGCAGAACCGCAACCCCCUGUUGAACGCUGACUCUGCUGUUUCUUACUGGCUCCAGCAUGGCGCCCCCAGCACCAAGAUUGUUCUCGGGAUCGCCACCUACGCGCGCACAUGGAAGCUCGACAGUGACAGCGAAAUCUCGGGCGUGCCUCCUCUCCACGCGGACGGACCCGGUGAAGCUGGUCCUUACACCAAACAAGAGGGCAUUCUCAGCUACCCCGAGGUGUGCGCUAAACUGAUCAACCCCAACCACCAGAAGGGCAUGCAGCCUCACCUCAGGAAGGUCACUGACCCGAGCAAGCGUUUCGGAACCUAUGCCUUCCGUCUGCCCGACGACAGCGGCGAAGGCGGUCUGUGGGUGAGCUACGAGGACCCCGACACUGCUGGACAGAAGGCGACAUAUGUCAAGUCUAAGAACCUCGGUGGAGUGUCGAUCGUGGACCUCUCAAUGGACGACUUCCGCGGGCUCUGCACCGGCGACAAGUAUCCUAUCCUGCGCGCCGCCAAAUACAGACUUUAAUUUAUAACUUUAAACUUAUAACUCCCCUAUAUUGGGUUACCAUUGCAAUAUGAUUAUUUCCAUUAUUAUUAAACAAUUAAAUGUAUUGCAUGUUUUUUUUAUGUACUAUUUUGUAAACCGAAUACGUUUUUUAUGAGCUGUGCUAUAAUGUUAAUAUAUAGGUAUAAUCACUGAUAAAAUGACAAAUGUUGACCGAUUUUACAAGUGUAAUUAAUAAAAAUACGUAAGAA